AUGGCGGUCAUCCUCCCUGCUACUCCUCUGCCCCAAUCUAGCGACAUCGAAAGGAACCCAUUUCUGACAAAUGGGCCAAAAGGAUUCACCGAAAGCAAGAUGAUCGGGAGCAAUAGCAUGUUCGUGAGGACUGAUUUACCGGGAAUUGGACAAGAUGACUUUACUGUUGCCAUUGACGACUCAAAGAAAGGUGUGAUUAUCAGAGCCGAGGAGCAAACUUGUAGCAGACACGACUCCUCUCGCCGCAACUACGUAACCUUCAUCAGUCUCCACUGCCAUUGCUGCGAGAUAUCGAGAUUCCACAACACUCAAGUGACCGACGGGGUUCUCAGGCUACUCAUCUCCACGACCCCCAGCAACAUCAACGGGGUUGGCUCUGCCCGUGAAGAUACCCACGGCCGCCCUGUCAGUGCCGAACCCAAGGCCAAGGGUCCGGAAACGGCUUAUGAGUACAAGCGCCUCCCAGACGGCAGCUUAUACGUGCGUUUAGACAUGCCUGGCGUUCCACAAGAUAAGUUUAAUGCCUACGUCGAAAAUGGGAGAGUGACUGUGACUGGUGAAGCUCCUGCCAUUAGCCACGACUCAAGUAGUCGGGAAUACUCUGCUGACGCAGCUCUGCUCUCCUAUCCUCUUGGCACAGAUCCCUCCCCUAGGGUGGAGCGUAAAGUUGUGAACGGUGUGAUGCGCCUCAUCAUCCGUCCAACUUGA